AUGGCCAUGGCCAUGGAAGCCGCGACGGCGCGGGCCCUUCCUCUCGACGCGCCGGCAGCGGAAGCACCCAGGGGUGGAGGCGGACUCGUGGGUCAUCUCGGAUCUGUCGGAGGUGGUCCGAGGUCCCCUGGCCGUGCGCACACGCGAUCCGGUCGUAUGCAGGCCGGCGGCGGCUGCUCGGUGGCGCCGUGCGGCGGAGGAGCUCCGGCGACGGGGUCGACCGGAGAGACGGCGCUCCGUGGUGACAGGGUGAUGGGGAGGCGAUGGGCUACUCGUCUCGGGCAGAGAAGGAAUGAAGGAGGGAGCUUGACGCGUGCCUCUGCUCGGCAGUCGGCGACGAACAGGGAGACGGCGGCGGCUUGGGGCUUACUGGCAGCGGGUUCCACGGCUUGCGAAGGAGAGCAGGGUACGGCGGAGACAGCGGCCCCUUGCACUCGGAUUGGGCGGGCUCUGGCUCGGGUGCUUGCUCACAGAGCGUGGUGUGGACGCCGCCGACACGGGCGUGCGGCUGGUGCCCGGGUCCUUGAAGAUCACCUUCCUGGCUUCACUGAACCAGGUGAGGAGCACUCCCGUAGUUGGGUUCUAUUCAGUGUGCCGUCAAUUUUCUGA